GCGACACCUGUCAAGCCGUUACUAAACACAGUUGGUUUGGUUAGAAAGAUUGAGGCGCCCUGAAGACUCGGGCCAUAAACCGAGGUGGAAAUAGAGAUUAGUCGCACCUAUUGCCGGUGUUUUGCGCUCAGGGAGACACACGGAGCCCUCUAAGGAGAGAGGAAAGCCGUGUGUAGCAUUAACGACAUGACACGCCGUUUUGGAGUUGAAGUAGUGAAGUUGACUUAGGUUAUAGAUGUCGGCAGAGCGGAGCUCUCGGACAGACAGGACCGAGAGCAAAAAGACACCGGAGAGCAAAAAAGACGGGACUUUAUCCGAGGUCGGGGCUCACUAACGCUCUGAAGUCGGACGCCUGGAUCGGAGAAGGCCGUCUGUGUCUGCCGACCUGCGGGAGAACAGCUCACGCCGAGGCCACGUGACCGGCCUCUGCAGUGCUGCACGGAGCGGACUACAUACAGAACACACUGUCAUCUGCUUUGCUGCCUCUGAAGACGAUCUGUGUGAACUGGAAAGGAAAGCGAUCAAACAUUUAACAGAGGAGAGUGGGGCUGAAACUGAGAGGAGAAAGAAUCCGGCUCGCGCGGCUCGUACUUCCUUCUGAUGCCGCUCCGUCCAUCAGAGCCUCCGAAACGUGCUCAUUACCGUCACUGACCUGUGACGUUUAUGCCGUAAUAAUUGUUAUCAUACAACCAGAUCAAAUUUGCCGCACAGACACUUUGUUGGAUUUUUCUGAGCCGUGGAAAUUUCUCCCUCUCCCUCUCGCUCUCUCUCUCUCUCUCUGGCUGGUCAGCAAUUAAAACCACCACCUGCUUAUUCAAAGCCAAGCGUAGCACGGCGCUAUAUUUUCACGAGCCGCUGAGUAUCUGGGAUCGCUUUUGACUUGGAAGGAGGACCCCUGAGCCCUCGACCAUCUUCUGAUUGUCUGCCCAACUGUAGAAUUUGGGCGUAGAGGGGUGAUUUUAGAAUUAGGCCCCUGGACACUUGCUGAAGAUGACUUGAGUUGGCAGGCCUAAAAACCCCUUAUCCAUAGAGAGAGACCGAACUUGGCAGCGGGACACACACACACACACACACACACUCACUCACGCACGCACAGACGACACACAAAUGUGGGUGCCGAAGCAGCUUUGAGCCAUGCUGGUGUUGCUACUCGUGGGUCCCUGGAGUACAGGCUAUCAUCAUCCCUAUCAUCAUUCACCCAAGCUGAGGAACAUUCAACGGCCUGAAGGAAAGAGGCUACACUUCUGAGAUUCAAAGAAAACUCUGAAGUGACUGGAACACACAGAGAUCCACAGGAAGAUCCUCAACUGCACACACAGACUCACUAACACUCCUCCUCAACAAAUCCUUGAUAGAAGAAAAACAAAGCUUCGGCGGACGUGUAAGACACAGAGAGCGAGCAGGAGCUGCGCACCAACAUGGCAACCGAGAGUCUUGCUGAGCUCCGUGAUUGGCUCUUUCUGCUCCUCCUGUGCCUCACCUUAUUGGCUGAGGUGCUUGAACUGGCAGCAGCGGCAAUUGCCAUGGAGACGGGCGAGGGAGACGAGGGCAUUGUUUGCCCCUCGGUGUGCCGCUGUGAUGAGGGCUUUGUCUACUGCAACGACCGCGGCCUCAGCCUAAUUCCUCCACUACCGUUAACGGCCGCCAUCCUCUACUUGCAGAGCAACCGGCUGAGUAACGCCGGGCUGCCCCCGUCACUGGAACGCAGUACUUCCAUACGAGUGAUUUACCUGUACGCCAACCAGUUGGAUGAAUUUCCUAUACACCUCCCGCCUUCAUUACGGGAGCUCCACUUACAGGAUAAUAAUAUACGAACGUUACCGCGAUCAGCUCUGGCCAAGUUACCGUUACUAGAACGUUUACACCUGGAUGAUAACUCUAUAUCCACAGUUAGCAUCCAAGAGCGAGCUUUUUCUGGGACUCCGCGGCUUCGACUGUUGUUUCUUUCUCGGAACCACCUGUCAAGUAUCCCUGCGGGCUUGCCAGCGUCCUUGGAAGAACUGCGACUCGACGACAACAGAAUUAGCACCAUCCCCACACAUGCCUUCCGUGGGCUCUCCUCCCUGCGACGCUUGGUCCUGGAUGGAAACCUGUUGGCCAACACACGCAUCGCGGAUGACACCUUUUCCCGUCUCUCCAACCUGACUGAGCUGUCGCUGGUCAGGAAUGCUUUGCAGUCUCCACCUGUCAACCUGCCUUCAGCUCACCUUGUGCGACUACAUUUGCAAGACAACGGAAUGACCCACAUACCUAGAGGGGCGCUGGAUGGGAUGCGGCGGUUACAGAGGCUGGACCUAUCAGGAAACAAUUUAACCAGUCUCCCUCGAGGACUUCUGAAAGACACAGAAAGCCUGGAGCUGCUGCUGGUCCGAGGAAAUCCCUGGUACUGCGGCUGCAACCUUCGGUGGCUUCACGCCUGGCUGCACGGACGGGGGGCAGCAGUGACAGUCAGGGGUCUGACCUGUCAAGGGCCUGAGUCUGUAAGGGGCCAGACUCUCAGGGACCUGAGUUCUCUGAUGGAGCAAUGUGAAGGCCCUCCUGCUGGUCCCAGUACUGGAGUAGGAGUAAACCCAGCGGAUAAAGACGGAGGAGGAGAGGAUGGCGUUGGAGGCGACGCAGCAGUGGUGUCAGUCCCCCAUGGAAGCACUACCACAACCUCUUUGCUGGUCCCCACACAAGGCUCCCUCUUUACCCUGCGAGCCAAGCGGCCAGGCCUGGUUAUGCCUCUUCCUCCGGGUGAAGGGGGGCACAUAUCUGCAGAGGCCCUAGAACUGACUGUAAAACCUCUGUCUUCGGACAGUGUACUGGUGAGUUGGUUGUGCCCAGAGCCAGCACCCUCCUUCCGCCUGUCGUGGCUGAGGCUGGGUAGCAGCGCAGCUCUCGGUUCCAUCACAGAGACUUUGGUUCCUGGAGAGAGGAGGCAGUAUCUCCUUACCCAGCUCACCCCACGCUCCCAUUACCUCAUCUGCCUGCUGCCACUACGACAGGAGCCUUCUUUUGGGGGCUCUAGCAUGGGUUCAUCUCGAAUUGGCACCAUGGACACGGACAGUAAAGACUCGGCCCCGGCCUGUGCUCAGAUCGAGACCGGAGAGGCGCUAGUCAGCUCCGGAGGGGAGGGGACAGAUAAAGAGGGUCAGGACUCGGAGCUAACAGCCCUGCCGAUGGCUGGGAUUAUAGGGGGUGCCACAGCAUUGGUAAGCCUGCUGUUAAUCUUUGGUAUCUUUUGCUGGUAUGGACAGAGAGCAGGUUACAUGUCUGGGGACACGGGCUCAUACAGAGGGAGCCGAGGUGGGAAACAUUACGAUGACUAUGUAGAGUCAGGCACCAAGAAAGACACUUCCAUCUUAGAGAUCAGGGCGCCGCCUGCUGGGUUUCAGAUGACAGCUAUGGCCCACCAGCCCCUGCAGCCUAAGCUGGAAGAUGUCACCUACAUCCACACCAUUUUCCCCUCCUCCUCCUCUUCCUCCCAAGCUAACGGGACCUACCGGAGCAGCCAUGGAACUGGCAGCCUCAACGGCACCAUCCUCAGCCAAACCAGCCACCACCACGUCACUUAUGGCACCAACCGUGGCUACAGAGAGGGCGGCAUCCCCGACAUAGAUUACGCCUACACGUGAUGGUACAGGGACACACUCCCUGAGCCACAUAAGCUCACUAGGCUGGUGGCCAUUUUGUCCUUGGUUUCCAAAGUACCCUCUGUGCCUCUGCUGGUUCAAUUCUAAUUGGUUUGCUAAGUAGAAAAGACUGAUUUCAGCUAGUUGAUUGGACAUUGCUACAGAAGUAACAGUCCUACUAUACUCUACUACUGUAUACUACAUUAUACAGUAGGCCCUUCUUUGAGCGCUACAUAUAGUUAUAAAUGGUUACGUUUUCUCUUUUGAAUAUCUCUGUCUUUCAAACCUACUGUUCUUCUCAGCUCAUAAUAAUACACAGUAACUUAUUUGAGGUUGAUAUACUAGGCUUAGCUGAUUUAGCUGGAGAUAUAUUUAUAAUAUGAGGAAGAGGCACUUGAUGUGUAUAGAGAUAGCUCUCAUAUCUUGCUACCAACUGUAAGCUCUGUGCUGUAUAGAUAAAAGGAAUGACAGAGAGAGAAAUCAAUGGUUGUUAUAACCCACAGAUGACAAUGCAUCAUUGUUGACAUGAAAAGAUGUGUUCCUAGCCCCCUCCUUUCCUCUAGUUUACUCCCCUCCUCCUUUUAAUUUUUCCUCCUUUCCACUUCUUUUUUUUUUGGCUGAGGCUCUUUCCUUUUAUUUCUCUUGUGUCUUUUGUGGUGCUGUGAGCAGAGGACGACUUUGUUCUCGCCAAGGGAGCUGACAGCAGUGAUAACAGUUCUGACAGAGACGGGAGACUCAAACCACAGCAUGGGUAGACUAAUGAGAGGGAGAGAGAGGGAGAGAAAGUGCGUCGGGGGGAUGAAUAGAUGGAUGGAUGGAAGGAGGGAACAUAAAAGAAGACAAGGAGAAAGAGAGGGGGGUGCUGUUUUGGUGAUGUAGACGCUGAGAGAUGUACGCUGGCUUGAGGCAGAGAAAAGCGACAAGAAGAAGAGGAAAAACCAGGAGAUAAGUGAAAGAAGGGCGUGAGACAAGUGCAUCGACGGGAGGUAAAAAAGCAGACAAAAGGAAAAGAGGAUGGGGCGUGGUUAGGUUGACAACUGGAUUGAUGUGACGUCAUCGUCCAAACGGCGAUGGCGUUUUGACGUUUACCAACUGCACUCAGCAGAUACCUGAAUGAAAACAGACUGCAUGCUUCCUUCAAGGACUGAUGUUUUUAGGUGCCUGCGGUCAAGUCAAAGAUUCAUCAAACAUCGUUUUGGUAGUUACUAUUCAUCAGAUCUAUUUACAUUGCACAUACAUCAGUUGAACAAAAAAGAAGGAAGGGAGGCACAGAAAGCCAGUCAGAGUGAAAAUGUAAAUGUAAAAUAAUUGCUAAGAACAUCUAUGAAAUACAUCGUGUCAGAAUUUACAAGAAGAACUGCAUGAACCCAGUUUUUAUUGUGGUCUGGUCUCACUGAUUAUCUUUGCAAAUGAAGUGAAAGAAACCUAAUCAUACAUCUUAUAAUAAUGACCCAUUAUCUUCUAAAGGCUGGCUAAACCUUGCUAAUCAAACAUAAGUUUUAGCAUUUGGUAAGAUUUUUGUGAAAAGUCUGGUUCAUUACUCACCCAUUCUCUGAUGAGGCGAAAGAUCUGAAUAUGAAACGGAUCUGUCAUGGUAAAUGUAAUUUUAUAUUGUGAUAUUUUUAUGUAUUGCAAAAAUACUGAUUGGGAAACUGAUGAUAGUCAGAAAUGUCUGCUUUUGGAAAACCCAGUAAAUAAAGCGCCUGAAAAAAAAAAACAUUUCAUAAUUUUGGAAGCUACCACUGUUUACACAGCAAUGUUGGGCUCAGACUACAGGAUUUUUCAGCUGAUUUAACACAGAUUCACCCUUUGAGACAAAUCGAAGAAGGUCUGGGACCUAAGUGUGUGUUCAAGUUCGACCCAGAGUAUCUGUUAAUGUGAGUUGUUUACAGAGGCGGGCUUAAACUUUUCAAACCCCUUGCUGACUCAUCAGCCCUGAAAAAGUCCAACAAUAUUUAAUAUUUAGGGUUUAAAUAGAGUUAAAAAUCUGGAUCUGGAUCAUUACAGUUUAGAGGAGAUAGAGGUCCUGAAGCAGUGUGUUGUGCUGUUGUGUGAUGCCAAGCAACUGUAAACUUUCUAGCCCUGGGGGGCCGACGUUAGCUAGCAUACUGUUGUUGUUGACAGAUAUUAAAAGCGACAGUUAAAAUCUCACUUCCAUAAAAAAAUAGACAAGAGUGUUGACUGUUUCGCCGCCACUAUUUUCUCUGUUUCCCAACUAUUAACAGUCUCGCCUUUCGGCUUCCCCUUUAGAUCAUACAAGGUCACAUUUUGCACCCUUCUGGCACAUCAAUCUUAAAAUCCUAAUUUCAAAUAUGAUUAGCAUUUUUAAUCUCUUUUAGUCUGAGCUCAAGCUCUUACAACCGGAGAUAACGUUAUAACGUUCACAUUAGUGAUGUGUGAGCAUUUGCUGCUUUUCUUAGUCUUAUGUGAUGGGAAAAUUUAAAUCUUUAUUUUUUCAUUUAUUUACUUUUUUUUUACUGUAAGUUAAAUAAAACAAGCAAAUCAAAGAUACUGCCUUUGGCUUUAGGAAUCUGUGAUAGACAUUUAUAGACAUUUAUAGACCAAACAAUUAAUUAGUUAACUGAAAUUGAGUUGCUGCCUAACAAAACUGUCUUUUCUCACAUUCCUUUUCAUCGUAUUGCCCCAUCAAAAGAAAGCUUUUAGCAAAAGGUCAAACUAAAAUGUCAAACUUGAUCUGAUGCACUCUGGGCAGUAACAUUGACUCAGGUCGUCCAUUUUUAUAGGCCUUAGCUCAGCAUAGACGCAGUUCUGUUAACAGGGAUCGCAGCCUGACCGCUACACUGUGCAUUUCAACACAAACACGGCCACAGGGAAGCGGCACCUGCUUUCUGACUGCCUCUCACUGACCCCACUAAAAUACUUAAAGGAAGGAGGAACAUAUAUAUAUAUAUAUAUAUGUGUGUUGACCAACAGCCAGAGAAUUACAAAAAGAAGGUAGAGCGUGAAAAAUAAAGAGUGAGGAUGGAGAGGGGUGAUUUAGAUAGAGCCUGUAAGUGUUGAAACCUGUUCUUCCUCUCAGUAGCUCUCUUUCUCUUUUUCAGCCUGUGUUACUGUGUACCAGUAAUAUUCGAAGAGCUCCGGUGUGUUGUUUUAUUUUCUUUUUUUUCUUUUUUACGUCCACAUUUGUUUUUGUUUUUUUCUUUUUAUAAGAGCACUGAAGCUUCCUUUCAGUCUGUGUAGAAAUCCUUUUCCUUUAAAAAUGUCACCCUCAGAUGUGUUAAUGAAAACACUCUCAUGUAUAAACAUAAAAAUGGGUGCAAAAUACUAUUCCAUUUAUUGGUCUGUCAUCUUUUUUUCUACGCAGAUGAAUAAAGACUUCUAAAAG